AUGUUCCGUGUGGGAAGAGAGGGUGGGCAAGCCUGGGGUGCCCCUGAGUGGGCAUCCAGCAUCCCCCGUGACAAGGGUCACAAGCACACCCUAAUUAAACCCACCCAGAUCUUGGAAACUGUGCCCUGGACCCUUCUCAAUAAGUCCACGAGAAAUCACUUUCCUUUAUGCGACACUGGAUUUUCCACAAAGCAAAAUCAAGAUCAAGGCCAAGGCCACAAGCCACCCAGCUUAGACCAGCCUGUGCAUCUGCUCCUCAAUCCUCCCUUGUUGGCACUGGGCCUCAUGGCGCUUUGGUUGACCAUGGUCAUUGCUCUCACUUGCCUCGGCGGCCUUGCCUCCCCAGGCCCCGUGCCUCCCUAUACAGCCCUCAAGGAGCUCAUUGAAGAGCUGGUCAACAUCACCCAGAACCAGGUGAGUGCCCCCCUCUGCAAUGGCAGCAUGGUGUGGAGCAUCAACAUGACAGCUGGCGUGUACUGUGCAGCCCUGGAAUCCCUGAUUAACGUGUCCAGGUGCAGUGCCAUCGAGAAGACCCAGAGGAUGCUGAGCGGAUUCUGCCCACACAAGGUCUCAGCCGGGCAGUUUUCCAGCUUGCUUGUCCAAGACACCAAAAUCGAAGUGGCCCAGUUUGUAAAGGACCUGCUCAGACACUUAAGGAAACUUUUUCACCAGGGAAAGUUCAACUGA